AUUUCACUUAUCCAAAAUAAAUUCUAGGAUGGCCCCACUCGUAAAUUCUGUGUCGAUUCUCCCAAAUUGUCUAGAUGGCUCUCUGCGCUGAAAGAAAAUGAAAUAAACGACUACCAAAAUCUUACUCUCUCUAUUGCAGAGCAAAGCAGAGAAGAAGAAGAUUGAUAGAGGAUAAACAAAACAAUGCCUUCCAUCACAAGGCCCGCUCGACAGACAGAUUAUGCGUUGAUGCCUAGGGAAUGCCCUCUGGUUAUCGACAAUGGCGCUUUCAGUUUCCGCAUCGGAUGGGCAGGAGAGGUCGAACCUCGCUUCGUGUUUCGAAAUGGCGUUCACAAGCUUCGUCAUAAAGCCUCCGGAGACACUGUAAAUGUCAUUGGAGAUUUCGAUCAUGGAUUAAUGAAAUUCUUUGAAUCUGGACGCUCCAAUUUUAGGUCGGCAUUUGAUGGAAAUGUUGUGUAUCAGUUUGAGUAUAUGGAAUAUAUUCUAGACUAUGCAUUCGAGAGAAUGGGCGCUGAAGAACAGGUUGGGCAUCCCAUUCUGAUGACUGAGUGCCUCUGUAAUCCAAACCAGUCCCGCAGUAAAAUGGCAGAGCUUCUAUUCGAGACAUAUGAUAUCCCUUCAAUAGCUUUUGGAAUUGAUGCUGCCUUCAGCUACAACUACAAUCAGCAAAUAGGAAACUGUGAUGAUGAUGGCCUGGUUGUAUAUUCAGGCCAUAAUACAAGUCAUGUUAUUCCAGUUCUAAGGGGUGAGCCCGUCAUGGAAGCAUGUUGUAGAACUAACAUUGGAGGAUCUCAUAUCACUGAAUACAUGAACAAAUUACUUUUGCUUCAGUAUCCUUAUCACCGUGACAGCAUCACUUUGGAGAAAGUUGAGGAACUGAAAAAAGAGCAUUGUUAUGUGGCAGAGGAUUACAGUUCUGAGCUGCAGAUAUUUCAGAAAGCUUCAAAGGAGGCUGAAGAGAAGACUAGAUAUUGGCAACUACCCUGGGUUCCACCCCCUCAAGAGAAGGUAAUAACAGAAGAAGAGCUUGCAAGAAAAGCAGCUAUCAAAGAAAAGCAAGGACAACGGCUUCGUGAAAUGGCAGCUGCAAAGCGCUCCUCAAAGAUUGCAGAGUUAGAAAGUGAAGUUGAGGGAUUUGAACAGCUCUUACAACAACUAGAUUACUUGGAUGAGCCUCAGGCAGAUUUAUUUUCAACUGAGAAUGGUUUUGGUUCAAGGCAGGAGAUAGAAAGUGCACUUGCAAAAUCCAUGACAUCCUUGAGAAAGCUUAAGGGUGAGCCUACUGAAGUUGAGAAGGAAAAGGAGGAGGUAGCGAUGGAAGAAAGAUACCCUCUUAUCAACAUUCCCAACAGCAUGCUGACAUCCGAGCAGAUAAAAGAGAAAAAGAGGCAGCUAUUCCUCAAAACUACCUCUGAGGGUCGCGCAAAGGCAAAGCAAAAGCGCCAAGAGGAGGAGUUACAACGGGAGAGAGAAAAUCAGCAGGAUGAGGAAAGGCGACUGGAAAAUCCCGAGCUUUACCUGGAGCAGUUACGUGCAAAACAAGCAGAGCUUGCGGCAAAAGUUGAGCAACGAAAACGUUUAAAAGUGAAUGGAUUUCCUCGUACAAACAACAAUGUUACUGUAACUGGAGGAGUAGGACGUGGGGAGAGGCUCAAUGCAGCACAGAGGGAGCGCAUGAGACUUUUGACUACUGCUGCUUUUGAUCGUGGGAAAGGUGAGGACACAUUUGGACAGAAAGAUGAAGACUGGCAACUUUAUAAGAAAAUGAGCAAGGACAACGAUGAUGAUGAUGAUGAUACACCAGACCAGGAUGAAGCAGAGCUUGCACGUUUGAAUGCACGCCUUCAGGAAUUAGACCCUACAUUUCUAUUACCAUCAAAUGAUAUCAUGGGUAGCCAGCCUACCUUGGAAGUUCAGCAGCCUCGCCCACUUACUGCAGAGGAUUUUCGCAUCACACUUGGGGUCGAAAGAUUCAGAUGCCCUGAAAUUUUAUUUCAACCUCAUAUGAUUGGAAUUGAUCAGGCAGGACUUGAUGAAAUGGUAGGAAUUUCAGCCCGAAGAUUGCCUUCUCAUAUUGCAAAUGCAGUCAUGGAUGGUACUAUUCUAUUAACAGGUGGGACUUCACUUUUGCCCGGUUUGGAUGCUAGGCUACAGGCAGAGAUACAAAAAAUAAGGCCUCUUGGAUCUACAGUGAGGUUGGUUAGGGCGUCUGAUCCACUUUUAGAUGCAUGGCGUGGGGCAUCCAAUUAUGCUUCCUCUUCACUCUUUACCGGAUAUUCUUUUACUAGACAAGACUUUAUGGAGAAGGGGGAAGAUUGGCUCCGGAAGUACAAAUUAAGAUAUUCAUUUGGUGCUUAGAUGCUGAUCCACAUUAAGUUAAAGUUGGUUUUCACCAAAUAGUUGUAAAUUCUAAUAUUUAUGAAAAAAAAUAUUCUACCGCUGUGGAGGAAGAAGUGAAUGAUUUGUACACCUACAAUGGAAAUGGGACAGUUGAGUGUCUCAGGUAUAUGAGCAUGCUAUAAUUUUUUCAACUCUUAGCCAAUGUUCCAUUUUAUAUGAGCAUCCUUGUUUUCGUCGUUAGCAAUUUAAACAUUUAUAGAGUGCGUUUUAACAUUAUUAACGUUUUAAGUAUUCCUCACAUGUUCACCCAUCCACGUGAAUGGGGCUUAACUUGAAGAAUUGAGAUAUAUGGUUUUAAUUUAAUAUUCUAAAUUAACAUU